AUGGUUGCUGAAGGUCUCAAAAGCUUUUCCAAUAACAUAGGAUCUCACAUUAAGGAUGCCUAUAAAGUGACUGAAUCCGAAGUAGCGCAUUUGGGCCACAACUUGAAGAACACGGUGACCUUCUAUCAUAGGGACUUGGAUUUGAACGACCGAUUGCUUCUGGAUUACAAGCACGACAUCAAGCAGGCGAGACUGGGGUUGAAGCAUCUCGUGGCUCAAAACAACCAGCUUUUCAAAAAACUCAUCCCGGGCAUUCUCGCCAUCAAUGCAAAGGCAGCAAGAGAUUUCACCAAAUUGAUCGGUCCCGGGUCAUUGCAGUUUGAAAAUAUCGAAAAGUUCUACCAUGAACUCGACGAAUACGAGGCUCAGCUGAUUGUGCCGCACGUUCACCCAAAGGAGAGGCAGUUUUUAAUAGAGAGUGUCAAUGAGGAGUUGUAUCAAUAUACGCUGGCGAUUGAGACACUCAGGCAUCAUUUGAAAUCGGAAGGCGAAUGGUUUGCCGACUCGAUGGCGCCCAAAAUUAAAAAUAUGAAAAAAAGAUUAGAUGAAACGCUAAAGUUGAUAAACAAAAGAGAUAGAAGUAGAGAAGACCACGACCGUUUGGACCGCAAGAUUGCCAAGUUGAACCAGAAACAACCACCGUUGAGUGAGAAGGACCAACAGCAUUUGGAAAAACUCCAGACCCAGUUUGAUAACGUCGACAAGGAGUUCAAUGCGCUCGAUUUCAAAGCAAUCACGCUUCUCCCGCACAUCAUGUCGCUAUUGGACGAGUUUAUGGAAAAUGUUGUUGAAAUACUCAUAUUCCGCCAAACAAACACGUUUGCAAAGAUCACCGAAACUUUAAAGUACUAUGCCGUUUUUUACGGAAUGGUCGAUGACGUCAUUCCCAGCAGCUACGAGAACAUCAUCAAUGAAUGGGAACAAGAUGCCACAACGAUUAGAUUGCAGAUUGAGUCGUUUUUGCACGUGGUGCAACAUAAAAACGGCCAAGUCAUGGAUGAGGAGAUUGACGAUGCAGAUAAGGCUCUGAAGACUCACAAGUUCUGGGUCACUUUGUCAACAAAGAUGCAGGAGAAGAAACACACAGUCAAGCCUUUCAACCCACAAGAGGGGAUGUUCAACACUCACGCGGCAAUUGAUCCAAUUGUCGCUUACGAAAAAUAUCAAAACCCGCAAGCAAACCAAUUGGAGACUUAUCACCCGCGGAAGAUCUUGAGCAUCGAUGACGUUAUCGUGCCUGAAGUUGAAAAGGUGCUCCCCGUGCCUCCACAGUUGCCACCGAGACAAGGCACCGCGUUCAACUCGCUGAUGCUUCAGAGACCUUACCCUCUCAACACCAUGCCUUCGCAGCCACACACCAUCUAUUCGCAAAAUUUCGAUGCAUCGCUAGAAUCACUCUCGUUAUCCGACGACAUGGACGAUAAUGAUGAUGAUGUAUCGUCGGUGAUGUCUGACUCCUCGGACUUGACGUCGCUUUCAGCCCCGUCUAUGCACCAUUCCAUUGACAAAACGCACUCGGUGGAGAAGCCGUUGCGCAAGAUUAUCAAUUCCUCGAAAAACGCAAUCAGAGUCGCUCCCGUGACCACGUCAGUGUGGUUCGAUACACCCAUAGUGGAAAACGCGUCAUUGCACACGACGCCAAUGACUGAGGCGUAUAAGCUUGCAGCAUGGGAGAAAUUUUUUAGCAGGCUCGACAAGUCUAAGAAAAUCGCCAAAGUGGCAAAAUACGAUUUUAAAGGACAAGAGACUGGCGACUUGUCGUUUGUGAAAGGCGACACCGUGGAAGUUGUUUUUAACUUUCAAAGCGUCGACACAUUGUACAUGCGAGAUAAUUUGAACUGGUGCGUUGGCGUCAAGAGAAGCGAAGAUGCCACUUCCAAGGAGUAUAGAAUUGGCCUUGUUCCCAACAACUAUCUUGAGUAA